CCGGGGGCCCCCGCCGCCGCCCCCUCGCACAUGAAGAUGUACGUGCAAAGGGCUCUGGUGCUGCUCUCCCUGCUGAGCUUCGCCACCGUGAGCCUCUCGCUGUCCUCCUGCACCACCUUGGACCUGGACCACAUCAAGAAGAAGAGGGUGGAAGCCAUCCGGGGGCAGAUCCUGAGCAAGCUGCGGCUCACCAGCCCCCCGGAGACCGUGGGGCCGGCCCAUGUGCCCUACCAGAUCCUGGCCCUCUAUAACAGCACCCGGGAGCUGCUGGAGGAGAUGGAGGAGGAGAAGGAGGAGAGCUGCUCUCAGGACAACACCGAGUCCGAGUACUAUGCCAAAGAGAUCCAUAAAUUUGACAUGAUCCAGAGCCUCCCCGAGCACAAUGAGUUGGGCAUUUGUCCAAAAGGUGUCACCUCCAAUGUGUUCCGCUUUAACGUGUCCUCGGCAGAGAAGAACAGCACCAACUUGUUCCGGGCUGAGUUUCGGGUGCUGCGUGUGCCCAACCUGAGCUCCAAACGCAGCGAGCAGCGCAUUGAGCUCUUCCAGAUCCUUCAGCCGGAUGAGCACAUAGCAAAGCAGCGCUACCUCAGUGGCAGGAAUGUGCAGACACGGGGGUCCCCUGAGUGGCUGUCCUUUGAUGUCACCGAGACUGUGCGUGAGUGGCUUCUGCACAGAGAGUCCAACCUUGGCCUGGAAAUUAGCAUACACUGUCCUUGUCAUACUUUUCAGCCCAAUGGGGACAUCUUGGAGAAUUUGCACGAGGUCUUGGAGAUCAAGUUCAAAGGCAUUGACAGUGAGGAUGACUAUGGCCGUGGGGACUUGGGGCGCCUGAAGAAGCAGAAAGACUUGCAUAAUCCCCACCUCAUCUUGAUGAUGUUACCCCCACAUCGGCUGGAGAGCCCAGCGUUGGGAGGCCAGAGAAAGAAACGGGCCCUGGAUACCAACUACUGUUUCCGGAACCUGGAGGAGAACUGCUGCGUGCGUCCUCUGUACAUCGACUUCCGACAGGACCUUGGCUGGAAAUGGGUUCAUGAGCCUAAGGGCUACUUUGCUAACUUUUGUUCAGGCCCUUGUCCGUACCUCCGCAGCGCAGACACCACUCACAGCACGGUGCUGGGCUUAUACAACACGCUGAACCCUGAGGCAUCCGCUUCACCCUGCUGUGUCCCCCAGGACCUGGAGCCACUCACUAUCUUGUACUAUGUCGGGAGGACCCCCAAAGUGGAGCAGCUCUCCAACAUGGUGGUGAAAUCCUGCAAGUGCAGCUGAAAGGCACCCUGGCCCGCCCAAAGCCAAGAGAGAAA